AGACGAGCAGCUGUGUGAGAUGCAGUAUGACAUAGAUGAUGAGUAAUAAAGUCAUAUAAAAAUACACCCAUAGCCCCAAGUUUGCCAUUUGAGCUGCCUCUGCCGCGACUUCAGUUUGCUGUCUCUCAACCGAGAUCUUGACUUCAAAAAUCAUUUAAUCAAGGCUCUAUAAUGAAUCCUCUAGAUGAAGAAUGGGAGAACUGGAAAAUCACCUACAACAAAAAGUACAAUAGUCCGGAGGAGGAGACUAUUCGUCGAGCCAUUUGGGAGAAGACCAAGAUUUUUGUUAAGGCCCAUAACCAGAAGUAUGAACAGGGGUUAACCAGCUCUACUGUGGGCUUGAAUCAAUUUGCAGACCAGACUAAAGAGGAAUGGUGUUGUUGCACAAAGCCAAGAAGAACACAACCGAAUUAGGAACUGGGCUACUGCGUUCCCUAUAAACUCAAAAAAAAAGAAAGAAAAAAAGCUUAAUCUAUUCAUGUUGUACUUAAAAAAUUCAAUUUAACAAUGUGAACUAAAUUUAGCCAACAUAACAUUGUUAAUAAAAUUAAUAAAAACCAAUACAGACUUGCAUCUUAUUGGCUGAUGAUUUUGCAGUGUAUUUUGGGUAAUCGUUGUUCUGGCACCCUCAAGAAGUGGCAAAGCUAGAAAUAAAUGUGGUUGCCAGGGGGCGACCAAGGUUACUUUACGGGGUCCAUUGAACAUGAAAGAAAACAAUGUGCAAAAAGCAUCAAAAAAGAAUGAAUGAAUCUCAUGACUGCUGAUUACUUCAUAUUAACCCACAUUAGAUGAAUAUUUCUAUAGACCCUUUAACUGUUUGUACACAAUGAUGAUGUGGCAGUGUAUGCGUGCGCAUUUAGGCAACGGAAGUAUGGCAAGAAUCAGCAGUGAAGCAACACAGACAGAGAAAGUUAUUUGAAAAAGUUGUCUUAAUCAACUUUUUCAACACAGCUACCAGAUCCGUGUACUAUAGUGGAGUGGAUAGAAGACGUUAGCAGAAGGCCAAAUAUAAAGUGGUCAGAUACAUAUAUAAGUAUAUUAGUAUAUUAUAUAGUGCAACCAAACGCAACAACAACCAGACAUUUUGAUGCUGGGAAACGGUUAUAAUAAACUUUCUGAGUUGCAAACAUGUUAGAACCACUGGGGAAUAACACCACUUCUGUUGCCAAAAUGCGCGCGCAGGCUAUUUGAUCAUGUCAGCUGUAAAAGGGUCUAUAGGCUAUAGUGCACUGACCGCAUGAAUUACUGGCAUGUAACCAUAAUUUAAGGCUGAAUUUUAAACUUUUCUAUUUCUCACAUCUGAUUUACUGUCUAUUAAUGAAACAACAGAUAUCAUGUUAACUGCAGUAACUUUUGUAAAGUAAAAUCCAAAUCCAUGAUACACCUAAACUGUAAGAUGGUGGCAAACCCCGACAAAAGAUAUUUGGUUGAAUGGCUGAAUCCACAGGGAACCAUUUUCUAUGAGAGGCCUCUUAGGGCAAAAUAAUUGAAAUGCCUCUUACAAAAAAAGUGAAAUAAAAAUAUUCAUCAAUGUUUGUGAAAUUCGUUCACAUGUAUUA